GUGAAGGUCUUAGGUGACGGUGGUGUGGGCAAGAGCGCUCUGACCUUACAGGUAAGUGUGCAGCAUCAGGACUAUGAUCCAACUAUACAUGAUAUCUACAAGAAGCAAUGUGUAGUCAAUGGCCAGGUAUGCAUGCUUGAAAUAAUAGACACCGCUGGUCAGGAUGAAGAUUUGACACUCCUGGGUCCAUUUAUCAAAGAGGGACAAGGAUUUGUCUUGAUGGAUUCAAUUACAUCAUGCAGAUGCUUUGAGCGGAUAGAUGUCUUUUGGCAGGCACUUCUACAGGCCAAACUGCAGAAGCCGAGUGUGGUGCUGGUGGCCAACCAGGCAGACAGAAAUUAUGAACAUGAAGUGUCCUGA